GCCCCUUUCACCCUCCUCAUGGCCAGUAAGCCAUGAACGUGUUCCUAUGGCGGUUUGCAGGCAGACAGAAGCAUGCAUUUUCUUUUUGCAAACAAGGUGUGACCUGCCUUGAACUGGAAGAGCCUAGAGCUGAAUCGGAGCAAGUUUGUUUUGUGAUGGAGACGGUGUUGAAGUCUCACUGUGAUGAACAGCACCCUCAUCAGGCUGAAGACUUCCAUGGGAAGCAUGAGCAGAACAACAAGCUUUCAGCAGGAAUAAAAAAAGACAUUGAAAAACUUUAUGAAGCAGUGCCACAGCUUGUAAAUGUGUUCAAAAUUAAGGAAAAAAUUGGAGAAGGUACUUUUAGUACAGUUUACUUGGCCACAGCACAACUACAAACAGGAUACGAGGAAAAAAUGGCUCUGAAGCACCUGAUUCCAACCAGCCAUCCUCUGCGAAUUGCUGCUGAACUUCAGUGCCUCACAGUAGCAGGGGGACAAGAUAAUGUUAUGGGAGUAAAAUACUGCUUUAGGAAAAAUGACCAUGUGGUUAUUGUUAUGCCAUAUCUGGAACAUGAAUCUUUCUUGGACAUUUUGAAUUCUCUUUCCUUUGAAGAAGUGAGGGAAUACAUGUUUAAUCUGUUUAAAGCGUUGAGGCGCAUUCAUCACUUUGGUAUUGUUCACCGUGACGUCAAGCCCAGUAACUUCCUCUACAACAGGCAGCUUAAAGAGUAUGCCUUGGUAGAUUUUGGCUUAGCGCAAGGAACCCCUGAUACGAAAAUUGAACUUCUCAAAACUGCCCACUCUGAAGACAAGCAGGGAAGUUGCUUGCAAAAUAAUCCCACCAUAGCCUUGGGAAAUGGGGUUUCUGUCAGUGUCACAGCACCUAAACAAAUAGCUCAACAGUCAGCCUCAAAAGCAGCUGAUAAAAGGUCCAGCUCACUUUCAAAAAUACAGAUUAAACAAGGAAGAGGAGGAAAGGAGGAUUCUGUGCACCAUUCUGUCCAGCGCUCUGUCUUUGGAGAGAGGAAUUUCAAUGUCUAUAGUUCCACAUACCAGGAGAACUGGAGCACAAAACUCAUAAAACAAUCAAAGACGAUAGAUGUUUCAUCUAGGAAGUUAGUAACAAAGAAGAAGAUUAUUUCUACCAAAGCAGUGAGCAAUGGGGCAUCCAGGAAAGCUGCCAGUGGUUGUCCCUCAAACCUGACCUGUGACUGUUUCGCAACGGAAAGGGUUUGCAGUGUUUGCCUUUCAAGGUGUCAGCAAGUUGCUCCCAGGGCAGGAACACCUGGAUUCAGAGCACCAGAAGUAUUAACAAAAUGUCCCACUCAGACCACAGCAAUUGACAUGUGGUCUGCGGGAAUCAUAUUCCUUUCUCUGCUCAGUGGACGGUAUCCAUUUUACAAAGCAAGUGAUGAUUUAACUGCUUUGGCACAAAUCAUGACAGUUCGUGGAUCCAGAGAAACCAUUCAGGCUGCUAAAACUUUUGGUAAAUCAGUUCUGUGUACCCAAGUUGUCCCAGCACAAAACUUAAGAACCCUCUGUGAGAAGUUGAGAGGAACAAAUAGCAGCAGUAAGAGAUCCCAGGGUGAAGUGCCCAGCAAGUCUGUAAAUGACUCAGCUUUGCCAGUUGCAGUAGACAAACAGUGUGCUCCUGAGACACUUGGAAAACAAAUUCAACACUUAAAGAGCUUUCCGGAAGGUAAUGGUAUUUUGGAAAUGAAGGCAACAGACACGAAAGGAUGGGAUCAGGUUCCUGACGAAGCAUAUGACCUACUUGAUAAGCUACUAGACUUAAACCCUGCAACAAGAAUAACUGCAAAAGAGGCUUUGCUGCAUCCUUUUUUUAAAGACAUGAGACUCUGAGAAGAUACCAUAUUCUAUUAUUGCUUUCACAUGUUUUAUGUGGAAAUGAGAUACUGAGGUAGUUUUACCUUGUUGCCCUCAACAUUUACACUCAUUGGAAUACCAUCACACUGUGUACAGAACUACUGAAAUUUAGUCAUGAUACAGUUGGACUGCAAAUGUCAAUUUACUUUAAGAAAUACUUGCAGAUGUAGAAACUACAUAAACAUCACUAACAGGGUCUUUAUCCUAAGACACUUCGGAGGGGUUAUUGCAGUGCACACCUGUUCUUUGAGAGAGUUAACUUUGAUUAAAAAUUACAAAGAAAGAAUUUCACAAGCUUUGUGCUUAAUUCUCAAGAUACUCCCUUAAAAUUUACAAAUUUGCCUUAAGGUAGGACUGAAAUAAAGUGCUUGAGAGACUUUUUUACAUACUUACAUAUCUCUGCUUUGUUCCUGAUUAGUACAUGGGGAACUGAAAAUGGAACAAAGUGUAUUAAUUUUCUUCAGAAUAUUUUCAGAGAACAGUUACUACUUUGAGAGUGUUGCUAGGAGGGGCCAGGUAUUGGAAGUUAUAUCAUCAAAAGAAAAGCAUAACUUUUAAAGUACAUUUUCAUUCCUGUCUGGUCUUUCCUACUUAGGCAAUAGUACUAAAUGCAGUUACUCAUUUUGCAUAGCCCAUAUUUCCUCAGUGCCAGUAACUCACUAUUAACAGCAACUGCCUUCAGAAUGUCUCAUGUGACAUGCAUAGGUUUGAUUUCUGUUACAGAACCUUAUUUUUUAAAAGAAUAUCUGUUAAAUAAAGGAUUUGUUUUUAUAACUUCAGAAGAUUGUCUAGAGAUGCUUCUAUAAAAAUCAGGUAAGGUUUUCCUGUGGGGUGUUUCUGCUCAGGAAGUAUUAUGCAUGUUUAUUUCCUGCAUAAAUUCUCAGUGAUAGAAAACACUUUUCAGAUAGCUCUAGUGUAUAUGACUGUCAUAGUGGAAGUAUCUUAAUUAUCAAGGAAGUCUUACCAGAGAGCUAAAAGCUAGCUAUUGUCUGGUCCUAAGUAGAAGAAACAACCUUAAUAACCUCUAACCCUGUACAUUCAGUGUGCAAAGUAAAUUGCAUUAUGUUCAGCAGAGGUUACUUUAAAACCCUUGAUAAUUCUGAAACUUAAUACAGUGUUUUUCCAUGUACAUUUCUUGAAACGUUAGUGGAGUUGUUGCUAUAAGAGGUUAUAAGCCAUUCUGAAAAAAAGAUUGCUGCUUUGAUAACUUUUGUAUAAGCCUUCUCAUUACCUGGUGGUUAUGAUAGUGCAAAGGUCCUGACCAGGGCUGGGGAUGAAGAGACAUUUCAAUAUGUUAAAAAUCUUGAAUACAUAGAAAGUAAUGGUAAAGUUGCUCUGCUCCUGGCAUCAGCUGUUAGAGAAAAAUAUUUGCAGAUGUCAGAAUAUUGAUUGCAGAAAAUCUUGAAAUCCACAAGACCCUGGGGCCCAGGUCUUGGUAAUUUUUGCUGUUUAUAUAAUUUCAACACAGUACAUCACUGAGAAAUUAUUUAUCUAAAGGAACUGUGGCCAAAUUUGGCAAGCAAUGCUGUCUACCAGUGUCUGCAGAUGUAUUGUUUCCUCCUACGUUCACUCAUGCUCUCUAUGGUCUUAUGAGAGCACUAGCUGACAAGAAGCAAAAAUAUGUCAACUAUCUAUUGUGAACUUUCUAAACAGCUUCAGCUUUUUAAGCUUUCCUGCUAACCACAGCAUUGAAAAGCUCCUUGCAGCAGGCACUACAAUUAACCACUGCAUAAGUUUAAUAGCCAAAAAGGGAAAAUUAUUUCUAAUAGUGUUUUACCAAAACACUAAGGGUAAAUAAAAUUCUGUAAGGAGCAAUUCUAAUCUCAGUGUAUUCCAUAAAAAAGCUAGAAGAACACAUUCCUCCUUCCAGAUAGCUAUGCAUUUCAAACCUGGAGAGGUUUUUUGGGGGAAAGGAUAAAGUGAAAAGAAAAAGGUAUUUGAACAGGUGUAUGCUUAUGAAGUACUUUUUGUAGCACUCUACAAAAGAAUGAAAGCCAGACAUAAAAUGUUAAAUGCAAGGGGCUCCCAAUGAAAAUUAA